AUGAGAGUGCCAGUCGGCGUGGCUGCAAUUUCCUGUCUUUUUCCUCUUGUGGUCUUCCUAUGUGUUGUCUCCCAGAGUUGUCAUGGGAUCCGGGUCGAUCUGAGCCCCCACACUAACCCCAACCCCAGCCUGUACCCUUAUCAAUGGCUCAAGUCACUGCCCGAACCAAUCCUACUUCCAAAGUCUAGUCCUGAAAAACGUAUCUCCCCACUGCAGCCAAGCCUGCCCUGGAGCUCCAGCAAGGACCUCUGGAGCAAGGCAAAGUUAAAACCUAGGCAUGACACCAAUUCAAACUUUUCACUUGCAAUCUCCCCGGACACAUCAAGCUCAAACAGUAGACUCAAGCUACAGAAUGCGUCCAUAGAACAAAAUUCUAAUUCAAGGCAGGGGUUGGCAUACAAAUCGAAUUCUAAUCAGGUGACAAGAGGUAAGCAAACUUCCAAAACCAACCCCAAAACAAAUCCAAAACCAAGGCGGAGAUUACUGUCGCAGCCAAAGCCAAAGGCAUUCUCCAAUUUGAAGGUAGUAACUGGGAGUAAGACCAAUUCUGAGUCAUUCCUCAACACUAAAUUAUCCUCACUACCUAGUCCUAAUCAAACGUCAGACUUAUCUGGUACAAUGAACCCCAGCUCCUACUACAAUGCCAUUUCAGCUUCACUGUCCAAUCCUAAAUCCCAUUCCAAAUCCGACUUCAGACCAUCAAUCCGAGUAAAGAGGAACAAGACUAAGUUAUUGGAGAAGGACAAGGAUUCCCACCAUCGGCUUAAGAGAGGUUGGAUCUGGAACCAGUUUUUUGUUCUGGAGGAACACAUCGGACCUGAAUCUCAAUAUGUUGGAAAGCUCCACUCCAACUCCGACAAGGGUGAUGGUUCUGUGAGCUACAUCCUGUCUGGUGAGGGGGCAGGGUAUAUCUUCCUCAUUGACGAGACGACGGGUGACAUCCACGCAGCCAAGAGCCUAGACCGUGAGAGGAAGUCCCAGUAUGUCCUACAUGCAAGAGCCAUUGAGCGGCAGACAAACCGCUCCCUGGAGGCAGAGUCAGAGUUCAUCAUCAAGGUCCAGGAUGUCAAUGACAAUGCUCCAAAAUUCCCUGAUGGACCAUUCACAGCAACUGUGCCUGAGAUGUCUGAUGUUGGAACGUCAGUUUUGCAAGUGACAGCCUCCGAUGCGGAUGAUCCGACGUACGGGAACAGCGCAAAGAUAGUUUACAGCAUCCUGGAGGGACAGCCCUACUUCUCUGUUGACCCCAACACAGGUAUCAUCCGUACAGCAAUGUCCAACAUGGACCGUGAGACCAUGGAUCACUAUGUUGUGGUGAUCCAGGCCAAAGACAUGGCGGGCUCAGUCGGAGGACUGUCUGGAUCUACAACAGUCAACAUCACCCUCACUGACGUCAACGACAACGCUCCAAAGUUUCUACAGAAGAGCUACCAGCUGUAUGUACCAGAGCUGGCUCCAGUAGGGAAGGCAGUGGGUCGGAUCAGAGCCAACGAUAAAGAUGAAGGGCAGAACGCUGAGAUGACCUACAGCAUCACUAAUGCCGAAUCAGCUGCCAUCUUCGCCAUCUCCACUGACGCUAACUGCAGGGAGGGAAUUGUUUCCCUCAAGCAGCCUUUGAACUAUGAGAAGAGAAAAGUUCACACACUCAACAUUGAAGGCUCCAACACUCAUCCAGACACCCGCUUCUCCCACCUGGGGCCAUUUAAGGAUUCCACAUUGCUGCGAGUCAUUGUGGGUGAUGUGGAUGAGCCUCCUCUUUUCUCCAUGGACUACUACAUUAUGGACAUGUAUGAAAACUCUCCUGCCGGUACCCAGGUUGGCACUGUUACUGCUGUGGACCCUGAUAGCACCAACAGCGCUAUCCGGUACUUUAUAGAAAACGAAGAGGAAAGACUUUUGUAUUUCACUAUCGAGGUGAACAGCGGCAUCAUCAGGACUACUCAGGUUCUGGACCGGGAGGAGACUGCAUGGCAUAACAUCACUGUGAUGGCUGCAGAGGUUGAUAACCCUCGUAUGGUGAGUCACGUCCCAGUCACCAUCCAGAUUCUGGACGUCAAUGACAACAUUCCAGCCAUUUCUGGGGACAACAGUGCCGUCAUAGUGUGUGAAAGCACCAAAAAUGGACAGGUGAUUCAGACCAUCCAAGCAGCAGAUCUGGACAACUUUGCAAAUGGAAGGUUUUCCUUCUAUGUGCCUGCUGAGCUUCCAGCCAAUCCAAAUUUCACUGUGAAGGACAAUGGAGACAACACUGCCAGUAUAAUAUCUCAUUGGCAUGGGGAAUUCAGCCACGACAGAGACCAGGAGUUCUUCAGCCUGGUGCUGGUGGUGGAUGAUGGUGGGGAGCCUCCUCUCAGCAGUACUGCGACACUCUCCCUCAGGGUGUGCGUGUGUCAGAGGAACAGCAGGGGGCACAACAGCAUCAACGUCUGUCAGGCCCAGGCCUUCCUAUCUUCAGCUGGUCUCAGCACUGGGGCUUUUGUGGCCAUAUUGCUUUGUAUUGUCAUAUUAUUAGCCAUAGUCAUGCUAUUCGCACAGCUACGAAAUAAGAAAGCGAGCAAAGAGCCUUUGAUUGUCUCUGAAGAGGACAUCAGAGAAAAUGUGGUAACCUAUGACGACGAGGGAGGUGGAGAGGAAGACACAGAGGCAUUUGACAUUGCUGCACUUCGAAAUCCCAAAGCCUCUGAGUCCCGCAGGAGGUUCCAUACCUACUUUGGCUACAGACCAAGUCCAUACGAAGAAGAGGAUGAACUUGAGGAGGACAAGGUUGAGGAUGACGAGGAGGGGAUUGUGGUGGUGAGAAGGAGAAAAGCACGGGAGGUUGAUUAUGGGAACUACAGCCCAGAGUCGGGAACUACCUGGUUUGUCAUUGACUGCGUUCCUCGAGAGAUCAGCCAGUCGGCACCUUCGCUUCUGCUAGAUGGUCAGGACAUCAUUCAGCAGAUCAUUCAGCAGAAGGUGGCCGAAGCGGACUCUGACACACGGGGCCCACCGUAUGACUCACUUCAAACAUACGCCUACGAAGGCCGUGGGUCUUUGACCGGGUCAGUCAGCUCUCUGGGCCUGACAGCAGCAAUGUCCGAAUUUAACUAUACCUUUUUGGAAGAUAGGCAAACACUGGAACAAAUUGUUGGAGAGCAGCUGGCUACAAGUCAAGCUAACCCUGACACCUAAAGAUAACCAUCAGGAGUUGUUUUGUUUUUUACCGCUGGCAAGACUUUAUGAAAGAGAUUGCUUUUUACUUGUUGCAUCUAAACCUGUGUGCGGGGAUUCAAAAUGACUGCAACAAAAAGCUUGCAAUUAGUAACUGUGAUGUCAUCUGAAAUCAGAGGAUAAGAAAAGCCAUUUACUAUGUGUAACAAGAGAGAAGAACACACUGGCUUAAUGGAGAUUUGGGGGAAAACAUCGUAGCUUAAGUGCUUUGCUGAAAUAAGAGACAAAAUGCAGACAGAGAUGAUCAGGGUCAAUUUGAAUAUGGUGUUCUCCCUCUGCUCUGCUUGUUAGUGUUGUGUGUUAGUAUAGAGGGUACAGCUAGUCCUGGGCCCAAAGGUUUCUGGCCUUGUUCUUCACUGUUACUGUAACAUUUAAAAACCCUUGCACAGAUACCCUGAAGAUGAAUACCAAAUUAGCGAGGAGGCCAAUGACCCAGUUUUCGAGGGUCAGGUCAUUGGCUUGAAAUAUGGAAAUAGGGUUUUUAUAUUGAUUUCUUAUUCAAAAAAAACAAACAUGAGGCUGACAAUGAUACUUUGAAAUCAAUAAAGAAAGACCUAGAGAAAGCUGAUGGCUCCAGUGGAAGACACACCGGUUGCAGAUGUUCUAAAGUCCAAAGAGAGCUACAGGCCACUCCCCAAAUAUGUUGAAUAUUAAUUAUUCAUUCAUUCUGUAGAACCUUAAAUAAGCAUCCUCUGGGCCUAAUACUAGACCAAACUGCCAACAAUGUAAGGUGAUCUCCUAGUAAUUUUUCCAUUGCAGGAACAUAACAACCAAUAACCUAAGCUAUCAUAAAAAUAAACUAUAUGUGUUCUUCGCAAUUUAUGGAAAGCUUUUUACAGCAUACAGAAGCAUUCUUCUGCUUCUUGUCUGUCUUUCUGCAGCUUUUCUUUUUAUAUCACCAACAGGAAUCUUGUCAUUAGCCACAGAGAUCAAAAGCUUAUGAUAUAUCUUGUAGGGGUGCGCAGAGUAAUUGUCUUGGUCCACCACUCUUCUCACUAUACAUGUAUCCACUGUGAAUUAUCACAGCUAAUAAUAUUCCAUUAUACAUUUCAGUUGAAUAUGAUGACCCUAAGGGUUUAUCCUAGCUGACAACCUGCUUAUCUACCAUUGUUAUUUGGAUGAACAACGUUUUAUAAAGCUAAAUAAAAACAAGAUUAAAGUUCUAUUACUUGGCCUCAAGAACAAGUGUGACAUACUAUUUUAGAAGUUUGGUCAAAUGUAAACUGGGAUCAAAUCUGAAGUGACGAGUUUAAGGGUCAUUUUGUUAUGAUGGUACCGGUUCCAUGUCCCUCGAAUGGCCUCCUCUUCUUAAACAUUAAUUAUAGCCUGGACAUAUUGGUUUGUCAAACAGGCUUUGGACUUUGUUCUUCCUUUUACAUAUUUGUUUAUCCUGGAUAUAGAUGCAGUAAUAAAACUAAUGGUUAGUUUUUUUGUUUGUUGGAGUCACUCUUGAAAAUACAAGACAGUUUUAAUUAUAAAGCCUAAUAUCACACAUUUACCUCAAAUAGCACCCAGUAAUGUAAUAUUUUUCAAGUUAAUAAUUCAUCAGAAUGUAAUAACAUUUGUAUUUAACAUGAUCAAAUCAAUAAUAAAACCCAGUAAUCUAUUAAUUUGACCAAUAUUGAAAUAACAUUUUAAGCGAUAAUGUAAUACCUUUGCGGUUUUUUUCAAAACUGAGGAUGUUAUAAUGUUGACAGAUAAUGUAAUAAUGUAUGAACGUAUGAUCCACAUAAUUGUAACAGUAAGCACAACGCUUGGCAAUGGCUGCACAUAUGCUUUAUAUAAUUAAGUUCCUGCAGUGACAUGACCCCCCCCCCUCACACACACACACUCUUUCUGUCUCUCUGUAUUGAAAUUUGUAUUUCAGUAUGCAUCUCUGCAAUAGGUGAUAUUCUGAGAAAGGACUGUACCUAUUCAGAUCUUUUCAGAUAGGAAAUUAAUAAAUACAUUAAAGAUUUAAGAUUAAUUAGGAAGAUGGACGAAAUGAAGCCUAUUUUCCCUGGUGUAUAUUUUUUAUCAGUAAUUAAAAAGAUCAAUGAUUUCAAAAAGCAGUUUGAGUAUUUGCUUUGAUUAGUUUUUAAUUCAAAUGUGCAAUCAAUGAAAUAUGCGAAAUAUGAGUUUUGACUUAUUUU